AUGGAACUUGGUUCUCAACUUUUCAGAAGGCUACCAAAAAACGAGUGGGCAUACGCGGUAAAUGAUAUCUCUCUACUCAAAGAUAUCACCGGCAUUGAAAAUAUUUACCUUCGCCUUAAAGCUGAGAUCCGUAACGCACCAGCUAGUCUUAAAUUCUCAUGGGCUGCUAUGCGAGAAACUUCUCGUCCGGAGGACCUUGCCUACUGUAUGCUAGGUCUAUUGCAAGUCAACAUGCCGCUACUAUAUGGAGAGGGAGAAAACGCUUUUCGACGCCUACAAGAAGAAGUGUUCAAACGACGACAGGAUCUCAGUAUCCUUGCUUGGGGCUUUGAUAUGACUUGGCAGGAAAUCAAGGAGCAAUCCAGCUUCAAAGGAUUACUCUUGUCUGGUCCUUUUGCGCCGUCAAUCCGAAAUUAUAAAAGAUUCCCUAAAUCUUGUAACAAAAAUAUAAAAUUCUUCGAACCCACUACCCAUUCCAUGAUCACUAACUUGGGUUUGAACAUAAGCUUGCCUCUGAUGUGUAUUGACUCGUCACUGGGUAUUUACCUUGCGUUCAUCAGUGUUUGGGGAGAGGCAGAUUCAGAAGCAUUUGCACUGCCUUUACUGAAGAGAGAUAAGGGAGAUGACAGCCAAAUUUUUGAACAUAUUCCUGGUAGUCCACAUUUAAUCUCGUUACGGGAGGGUACAAUCCGGCGCAAAACUCAAUUGAAAACGAUCUAUCUUAUUGAGUCUCGAGCCGUGUUUCCGGUCUGGAGCCGCCCCAAACAGAGAUUAUUUCUUAGUGAAAAUCUACGACACAGAGCGAUUGUCAUAAUUAAUCACGAGCAGAUAGACGAGGCCGGAUUUGAAGUGAGCAAUGUCUUUCCGCCUCCAAUUUAUUAUUCGAGCCCAACUUUGAAAUGGAGGGUUCUACCAGGCUAUUUUGAAAUCAUCAUGAUUUUCUCUAGAGCGUUGUCCGAUUGUUGCAUCGUCCGCAUUCAGGGCCGCUCCACGGACAGAGGUAAGACCGCAGUGCCUCAGAUAUCGAUUGCCUGCUGUGAGUCAUCGUCAUUUGCAUUGAAAUAUGUGAAUAACAGUCGAUGGCGAAACCCUCUUGCUAUGAUUGAACGGCCAUGGAUUGUGGAAAGGUUGAAAUGGAGAUCUGAGGUUAGCUUCGAGCCUAUUCCAAGGAAAGCGCCUGUGCGGGCUUCGAUUGAAAUGGAGAUGAUCGAUGUGCAGUUUCACUUUUAUAUAAUUUAG